UCUCUCUCUCUCUCUCUCUCUCUCUCUCUCUCUCUCUCUCUUCUUUCCUACUCUUCCUUCGAAAAAAAAUCAUGAGGAUCCGCUCUAUCAUUGUUCCCUCGGUCCCGCCGCCAUCGCCCAAUCCUUCUGAUCAAACCAUCGCUCGCCAUCACUUCCAUCACGACCACGACCAAGACUACCACCAUCAUGGAAUCCAUGCCAUGGAUUCUAUAAUCAUAAUAGUCGUUGUGGUCAUUUCGAUUGUCUUGCUUCUCACUGCACUUCUACUUAUAGUAACUUUUCGCAGAAUCAAGUCUGCGAGAAGCAAUGCAGAUAGUUCAAGCAACAAGAACACCACCAAUGUCCCCAUGAGAAAACUUUCCAAAUUUGGAGUACUUAGUACCGCCAGUGCGGCUGGGGCUAUCAAUGCUAGUCCUGAUGUGAGGAAUUGUCUCUAUAUGGGGAAUGUGGGCCGUUCAACGUUCUCAAAAAAUAGAGGGCAGGUGUUCACCUACAAAGAGCUGGAACAGGCCACAGAUGCAUUUAGUGAAGGAAAUGUGAUUGGAAAUGGAGGAUUUGGAGUGGUUUAUAGAGGGACUUUGAGUGAUGGGACACUAGCUGCUAUUAAGAUGUUGAAUAGAGAAGGAAAGCAAGGAGAAAGAGAAUUCAGAGUAGAGGUGGAUCUUUUGAGCCGUUUGCACUCUCCCUACUUGGUUGAACUGCUAGGCUACUGUGCAGACCAACAUCACAGGCUCCUUGUAUUUGAAUUCAUGCCCAACGGUAACCUCCAACACCACCUCCACCCUUCCACCUCCCCAAAGAAAUAUCAGCCACUGGAUUGGGCUGCCCGCCUGAGGAUCGCCCUAGAUUGCGCGAGAGGCCUCGAGUUCCUACAUGAGCAAACGGUCCCAACCGUUAUCCACAGGGAUUUCAAAUGCAGCAACAUUCUAUUGGAUGAAAACUACAGAGCCAAGGUGUCUGAUUUCGGGCUGGCCAAGACGGGCUCCGACAAGAUCAACGGUCAGAUCUUGACCCGCGUGCUAGGGACCACUGGAUACGUUGCUCCCGAGUAUGCACAAACGGGGAAGCUGACCACAAAGUCAGAUGUUUACAGUUAUGGGGUGGUUCUUCUAGAGCUUCUAACAGGACGAGUACCUGUCGAUAACAAAAGGCCUCCCGGAGAGCAUAUCCUGGUUUCAUGGGCUCUUCCAAGGUUGACCAAUAGAGAGAAAGUGAUGGGAAUGGUGGACCCACUUCUAGAAGGCCAGUAUUUAAAAAAGGAGCUAAUUCAGAUAGCGGCCAUUGCUGCCAUGUGUGUGCAGUCAGAAGCCCAUUAUAGACCUCUUAUGACAGAUGUUGUGCAAUCUCUCAUCCCUCUGGUUAAGAGAUUGAGCAUGAGUGGUCCCACCACCACCUCCACCAGGUUACAGCACCAGACAUGAACUCUCAGGUCUUGAUCCAUUGAGAAAUCCCUAAAGCAGCCUUUUCCACUGAUCUCAGAAGACUCAUGUGAUUGGGAGUUGUAAAAAUCACCGCAAAAUACUUUAAAACAAGUGCCAAACUAUUUAAGACAAGGAAGGAAACUCUAAGCCUAGGUUAGAUGAGUUCAACAUAUUUUGGCUACUGGCUGGGAAUUUGUUAACGAAAUGCACUUCAAAGAGUUCAUUAAUGAGAAGCAUUUUGAAGAGUUGAGCAUACUGUGGAUGACGUGGAUGUUCUCUGAGAGUUCAAUGUAUUUUCUUCCCAGUUUCAAUUGUAAGUCUACUCUGCCAUAUCAUCAAAAGUGUCAUGUU